UCUACAAGUUUUGACAAGUAAAAGUACCUACAUAACGUUUAGGCCGCUGAUCGAUGACACAAAGACAGGACACAGAGGUAACAGUGUGUAUUGGGGUCUACGUGGACACACCUGUCUCCUGGGUUAUUUUUCUAUUGUUCGUGAUUACAUGUGGAUGAUGUAUGCAGCUUCCGGUGCCACUGUUCCUCCGUCAUUAUACGGUGCCACUGUUCCUCCAUCAUUAUACGGUGCCACUGUUCCUCCAUCAUUAUACGGUGCCAAGCGAGCGAAAACCGUUGGUACCCAGGCAUAGAUACCCAAGGUUGUUGUAACAAACUUUACCAGUGACAGAAUACUGAUACAGAUAUGGAUGGAGAAAUAGACUCAGCGUCCUGACGAUUGUCUGUUGAUCUACCUUUGACGGAGCUAAUAAUCUUCGGAGAAUAUUCAUAGAGAAACGUUCUUUCAAAAGGAUUUUUUUUUUUUAGUAUUUAUCUCUUGCAAAAAAGAACAAUGGAGUUAAUAGGUAAAACAGUUAUAUUUGUAUUAUCACUGUGUGUGAUAAUUGUGACAGGUCGCCAUACUGCUGAUCCUGCGAUAUCUCAGGCAACAGUGACAGACGCUACUGGUAAUUCAGCAGAUGAAAACAGCACCAUCACGUGGGCAACCCUGACCACUACUGUCAACUAUAAGGCAGAUGACCUGUCCUACUCUGAUGGUGGAAUGUCCACUCUGAACAGCAUGGCCAAGGGAUUUGUCAAUGUGUGCUUCCCAGCAGGUUUUCCAUGGGAUGUUGUUGACAAAUUAAUGGAUGGUACACUCAUGGAUGAUGUAUCAAGCAACUGGCAAUCAUAUGCCUCUCAGUUUGCUGGGUACGUUGUGAGUAUAGUGAUAGGGUUCCUGUUCAUCUUCCUAUUCCCACUCAUUGGAUGCUGCUUCUGCUGCUGUCGGUGCUGCGGCUGCUGUGGAGGCAAAAUGAUACAGAAGCGCAAGGACACGGAGUCAUCUUGUCGGCGGAAAGUUUACAUUGUGUCUCUCUUCAUAGUCAUUGUUUUUAUGGCGUCUGGAAUGGUUUGUGUGUACAUUUCUAACGACCAGUUUACAAAGACUGUGGAUACUAUUGACACAAGUGUAGCCAACACUUUGGACGACUUGUUAACAUUUGUCAACGCCACAAUUGAUCAAAUAGAACUCCUAGUGCAAGACAAUUUCAACUUUACAACGGACGUCGUCAAACGGGAUUUAGAUAGUAUAGGGUACCUGUUGGGUGUGCCUCUGCGGAACGCAAUAGGUGUGGACUCUGGUCUGGAUGCCUGUUUUGCCACCACCUAUACACUGGUGGAAUCGGCUAACAAUGCUACAACAGACCUGCUGCAAGUGAACACAUCAAUGGCUGUUUUAAACUCGGCCUUUAGUGAUUUGAGUACAGCUUUGUCAACUUUAAAAACAAGCCUUGAUACUACAUUGGCGAGCUGUGGAGCAAUACAGACUACAUGUAAUGGUAUUGAUACAACUCCUCUCACUACCGAAAUGGAUGCAACAGCUCUGCCUGACAUUUCCUCACAACUCACUAAAGCAACAGAAAUUCAGGACUCCAACCUGACUGCAAAAGUUCUUGAAGGUGAAGAGGGUUACUGGCAAAUUCCUUGGACAGUUCAUAAUGAAACCAAUAACACUAUUGCUUCAAUAAAAGACAAGAUUGAUGAGUUUUCUGACCUGAUCAAUCCUCUUAUUGAUUCCUUAUCCUCCGUGAGAUCUUCUGUUUUGUCAUCUGUUGAUACUGAUGCUUUACUAGAUGAUUUCUCUUCACAAAUGACCACAGCUAAAACAUAUGAUCAGUACAGGUGGUACGGAGGUGUAGGCCUGGCAUGCAUUGUGCUGCUAGUUGUUGUCCUACAACUUCUAGGACUUGUCUUUGCCCUAAUUGGCUAUGAUUCCAAGGUUGAUCCUCGUGAGAGAGGAUGCAUGUCCAACUCUGGAGGAGAAAUGUUCAUGGCGUCUGUUGGAUUUGUUUUUAUCUUUUCCUCACUACUCAUGUUGCUGACCACCCUAACUUACCUUAUUGGGGCACCACUGGAGAGGUUUGUCUGUCAACCAAUCACAGACUCGGAUAUGACAGACUUGGACAGGCUGGUUGAUGAGGUGGCCUUCAAACAGCUGUAUGGAGGUACUGGAUCUGUGCUCGGAAAGAUGCUCUACAGUAAUUCUACCUAUGACAUACCUAUCUCAGGACUACUCAAGGAUUGUCAAGCUAGUAAGACUGUGUACAUGGCCUUAAAGGCAGACACUUAUGUCAACACAUCCCAGAUAGACAACUACAAAACAGAAUUUGAUAUUCAAUCAGAGCUUGAUAAGAUUGACGAUGCUGUCGACUUUUCAAGUAUUGCUAUUCUGACGCCGUCAUUGCUAUCGAACCUGGAGGACACAAAGUCUGCCGUGAAUGUUGAUUUUGCUUCCUAUGCAGCAGAGCUGAACAAAGAUCUUACAUCAACUAAUUUGACAGAAUUUGCUGAUAGCUUGAGAACAUUGGCUACUGCUGCUGGUGCUGCUGGAGAAACAUCAACACAAAAUGAUUUGAAUACUCAUGCUGCAACUCUGGAUACCAUUCAGAGUACAGAGGUGGCUGCUCUUAAUGAGGCAGUGGCUAAUCUUACAAGAGACUUAGAUAACAUGGCGAAAACUGUCAAUGGCACAUCGGCCAAAGUAGACAAAGUGAUUGAAUGUCUCAACCAGACUGAGCUGUAUAUACAUGCCAACACUUCAGCCCUCCUCGGAACGCUGGCCACAAAUUUUGCAGAUAGAAUAUUUGCUUCAAUAGAUUCCUUUAUCAGCAAACUCUUUACUGCUCUGAAGACUGAAUUGGGAAAGUGUGACCCAAUCUGGAAUCUAUACAACAACUUUUUUGUUAUCACCCUGUGUGGAUACACUGUAGACACUCUGAAUGGAUUUUGGUUUGGCUUGGGAUGGUGUCUAUUCUUCUUCAUACCUAGUAUCAUCUUCGCUGUCAAACUCGCUAAACACUUCCGUCGGAUGAAAGAAGUGGAAACUGUAGAUGAACAUUUUGAAGAUCCUAAUUAUGAAAAACGUCCAGUGCCUGAGCAGAAACGAAUUGACCAUAGGCCUGUGUUCAAAGGGUUUACUUUUGCUUCUGUUGUCAAAUUACCUAAAAGCAACAAGGUCAGCCACGCCGACGAUCCCGAAAAGAAUGGUCAAACCUUUCCGACAUACGCAGAGGCUUGGUAGACAGUGCAUACACUAGUGCAGAUCUUGUAAUUGAUAGGCACGACAUGGAACACUGGAUUGGACAUGCUUCAACAGUUGUUGAUUUCUAGACAUUGUGCGUUGUAGUGAAUAUAUAUGCAAUUCAUAUGCAUUUGUCGGCAUACAUAGCAAAAUGGAUUUGCACAGCGGACUCGGGAAAUACUGAAUAGCGCUUGUAGUUCCCAUGGGUUUCUGUGCGCUAUUAUUGGUUUUACCUUUAAAAAUAAGAAUGCGAAAUAACAUGGCGUAUUGGUAGCCAUCCUAAAAGAGAAUUAUUUAUGAUUUUAACUUAAGUUUUACGCGAAAUUUAUACUCUGAGAAUUUGGUUUAGAAGCAAAACUGCAAAAGAAUGUCCCACUAAAUUAAAAGGCUACAGAGAUAGAGUACAAUUGCAUCGAGCAGCUCCGAAGAGCACCAAUAUUUAUAUAUAAAUCCAACAAAUAUAUUUGAAACGAUGAAGAAAGUUUUAGUAAAGAAUAACUAACAUCCAUAUUGUGUCCUUCAUUGUAUUUCCCACCUAAGAUACAAUAUUGUCGUUGCGCUUUUUUGGUACACUAAAACGUAUAUAUUUAUGUAGCCAACACCCGUUUAUAGCUAAGGAGUGUUUUGACAUUUUUUUAGAGUUGUUUCACUGUUAUAUAGUACUAUAUCUUGAUGAAAUACAAAUGAAUGAGACUUAUAUCUCAGUCACCAUGAUUAUAGUGAUUUAACCACUGUUAAUAACAUUGAGAUAGUACUUUUCAAGAUUGAUUGUCAUAAUGCUUUUCGAUCGGAUAAGAAGCAGAUUUCGUGAAAACAUUGCAUGUUCAAUAGACAAGUUUCUGGAUAGUUCAUUGUUAUAUGCAUGUAUGCAUUUAAAUUGUGCCUAUCGUGAUAUUAAGCUGAUCAUUUGUGGCAUAGAUAGACAAAUUCAAAUAAUCUGUGAUAUCAAAAUGAUUUGAUUUAAGAAAACGUGUUGAUUUCUAAGUUAUGAAUACUAGACAAUCAUCAGAAAAUAGUCGUCGAAACACUUGCAGUUUUUUGUUCACAAAUUGUAUAACACAUUGUAACAUUAAGGCUUAAUUUUAGUAUGGAAACAAAUUUUCCAGGCGGAAACAUAGAUUUUUUUAUUCCGAUUUCUCGUGCCCGUUAUUAUAAAUGUGAUCGAGUCAUAAACGCAAAAUUUCAAACUGAUAUUUGAGAAACAUGUAAAAAGUGAAAAUAUUUUGGGCUUUAUUUCUUAAAAUAAUCAUUCUGGAUGCACUUAAAUGUAAUUUUCGUUUUUAAUUAAAAUCUUAAGAAAGUAAACUUGAUUAAAGGUUUGCAUUAACUUGUCAAUAAGCUAAGCCGGUUUUGAACAACUUGCUCCAAUUAAAACAGUAAUAUGACCCCGAUCUUCAUUACAUUGUGGUCUUAAAUUCAGUUUGUAACUUACUUACUUAUCAGUUUAAUUUUCAAAUUAGAAAAAAGUUAACUUAUAACUCACAAAAUGUUUCUAGAUUUUUUUUUGUAUGUGUAAGAUUUGAACCAUGAAAAUAUGAAGAAACAAUUCUAUCAAUUUUUUAACAGUUAAAUGUCGCAUUUCUAUGUUAUAUCUUAAUGUCAAACACUAGAAUAAAUUCUAUUUUUAUAAAAGUGUAUUUUAUGAAUGUUUUGUUUGAAAAAUGUACAAACAUUCCAGUUACAUGUUCAUUGGAUAUAAAUCAGAUCUAUUGUGUAAACAUGAUAUUGUUGUCUUUAAAUCAAAUAAUAGCUUAACAUGCUUGAUUGUAAUAUGAACUGAUGCAAUUAAACUUAUUUCUGCAAAUAGAAAUUUUGCAUGGCGUAGAGAACCAUGAUUGUACAAAUUGAUUAACAGAACAAAUGUUUUUACCUGCAGGGCAAAGUACCUUUUUUAUGUACUAUAAGACAAGUUUUACUAGUGUUAGUAGUAGAAGUUGGGGCUGCAACAAUAUAUCUUAUCGUGUCGCGUUAAUUUCUUUUGAAUCGUAUCGAAGUGUUUUGUUUGCCUGUAUCGCUAUAUAAUAACUACUGAAAUUAUCAAUUGAUUUUUAUCAAACUCUUAAAAGGUGAACUUAUUUUUUCAAAUCCUUCAGUAAAGAUGUGGUCCACAGUGCAGUCAUACCCAAAAAUACUAAAACUAAAAUUAAUACACAUAUUUUUUGACAGUAUUUACUAUUGAAGUGUAUGAUAUGACUAGAUAAGCUUCGUAGCGCAAUACGUUUCGUAUCGUGAGAUAUGUGUAUCGUUGCAGUCCUAGUAGAAGUAAAAUAAUGCAAAUAUUCAUAAUAGGAAAAUUAACAAAUUUCCUGAAUCAUCGGUGUGAUAUCCUCGCAAAACAUACUGAUGUGACUAGCUAAUUCGUGGAAUUCAAUACUUGUAGUUCACACGUGCUUCAUACAAUCUAUACACAAGUUCCAAUUUGGCAUCCUUUUGCCUUUUCUUAAUAUAGUAUAAGUAUGGUUUUUAAAGCUAACCCUAAAUAUAAAGGUAAAAUGAAGAUACGUUAAUUAUUCACGACUGUAGAAAUUGAUCUAUGGUGGAUAUAAAUGUAUGCUUAGUUGAGAAUGACCUGGUAAGUUUUAUAUUGUGUCUGUUUUGGAACCAAACUUGCCAUCUAUGAUAUUGAUUUAUUCAUAUGUAUGAUUAUAUCCGUCCUUUUCAUGUGUGACUUUAACUUAUGAUUUAUGUCAUGAAAUUGUUAUUAUUUUUUGUUUCUUUCUAAUGAUAUAUUUUUCUUUUUUUUCUCUAUUAAUACUGUUAUUAAUUUAUUGAUUUUUACUCGGAAAUAUCUUAUCGUUAAUCGUUUUCCAAAUCGAAAUGAUUCCGUCCUAUGUAUUUCAUUUCCUUUUUCAAUUGAAAGAUGUACAUGUGAUACUGAUAGUCAUCUGUUUUCUAUAAAUCUGAAUGUGUUACUUUUGUAAUUUAUAUUUCUUUUAAAAUUUCGUCAUCAGAAUACAAUAACUUAAAUGUGUUACCUUGGAAAUUUUAAGAAAUCGUUCGUUCUUCAUCAAAAUACUUUUUGAAGUUUUGUAUCGGCAUACUUUUGUUUUGUUUAUGUGAUUGAUUAUUUUCUGAUUAACUUAUAUUUGAUAAAAUAUCGUUAUUUAGCAGACAGUGUAAACAAGUGUAUCUAUUUGCUUUAAAUAAGGUAAGAUGUAAUAUUUCUAGACGUUUUAUUAAUCUUAUUAAAAUACAAAUGUACAUGUAUAUAUGUUUAAUUCCGACACGUUAUGAAGACUAGGGUAGUGGUAUUGAAGAUACGUAAAACUCCCGUUAGUACUAGGUCAAAGUUCUCUUAACUCAUUUACCCCUGAAGACACAUUUGAACUCUUCCAGUUGAAAGGUUGGAAUAGUUUAUUAUGAAAUUUCAGGGGUGAAUAAGUUAAAAAAGACCUCGACAAAACCAUUCUUUCAGAGA